ACAUUUCACUCAAAACAAAAAGGUAAUGACCACAAAAAUAUUUCAGAAAUUUCAAAAAUAAUCAUCAUAUUUACAAUAUGAUGAAACAUGAACAACAUUCACAAAACAAUAACAUUUGAUUAAAUGAAUUAACAUUUCAGAAGCAAUGAAAAAAAUCACUCACAAUACAAAACAAAAACUAAAAAAACAAAAAACAGAAAGGUGUACUUGGACAACACCAGCUUGGAUACAACCUUUUGACCAAAAGCAAAAAUCUCUCCCAGCACUUCCAGUUCUUCACUUCCCAUGUAGCAACCCUGUCACACUGCAAGACAGGCUCAGACAGGUGCAUGGAUGACAUUUACCCUGAAGCGGAGAGAGGUAGAAAAAGCUGAUUUUUAAAUACAACAUUUUUAGAAUGAGGCAAAUAUGCCCAUAAAUACUGUGUUUUCUAUUGGGGUAAGCAACAUACAAGCCCAGUUCGUUUGUUUGUUUGUUUUUCCUUACAACUUCACUGGCAACCUAUAAAACUUGAUAUGGGAUUUUGUGAUGCCUUGUGUACAACUAAAAACCAAACCAUGCACUUGGAACACUCUCAUUUGCCCCGGACAGACCUGUGAAAAAACCCAUGAUACAGGAUACAGACUGCCAGCAAAACAUUAUAUUUAGACCUGGCAGGAAAAAAGCAGAGGCGUUCACUUCAUGCUGCUGCUUUUUUUCUUUUUUUUUCCUGCACUUCAAAUUCAAAACAAGCUGCAACUAAUGAACACAGACAACCCUAUCUUUCAUAGAUGUCAAAUGCAAGAGUUCAUCCAGUGUGAACACGACAAAAUAACCCCCCGACAUGUUGCAAAUGCUUCACAUGAAACACUGGAAGACUAGUUUUCUAUUUCAAGAUUACGCUGAGCUUGAAAACUCAAGUCGAGCGGGCUUGCUUAGAAUGUGAUCAACAGAGUAGCCCUGAGCCAUGGUAGGAGACUGAAGUAAAUUAAAAGAUUUAACAAAACCAUGGAGGCUGUGACUGAAGAUUUGAUCAGGGCAGAUGUGGACGCUGAGAUGACUGUGUUGACACCUGAAGAGUUUACUGAACAAAAUCCUGAGGACAGUGAUGAAGUGGAGCAUCUUAGAAACAGGUACAAAUCACUCUUUUUUGUCCUGAAUAUUGGAUUAUUCAUGUAUUAAUACAGGUAGAAGUCACCAUUAUCUGUUAAAUUUGCCAUGUUGUUAAGCACAGUCUAUUUUUUCACUCUAAAACAAUUAGAAGCAGCAGUUUUCUAUACGGCAAUAAACUGGAUCCAUUUUCAUUUAGAAAUGGGGAUUAAUGUCACAAACUCUGUGUCUUUGGACUGUGUUGGUUUGUUUAAAAGUAUGUUUGGCUUCACACUUGGGGUAAUUUCAAAGGUGUGUGUUUAAAAAUACACUUAGUUGCUUGCCCUAGGGGUUGACUACAGGUCAAACUUUGAGACCCACCCUUCACAGUAGUUACAGGGCUUGGUUUAUGUUUAAAAUCUUUAAGAGGGAUUUGAAAAGAAUAUAUUAUCUUUAAAAUUGACAGAUGGAUCUUGAAACUUGACAAUCCUAUUAGUGACUAAAUGAUUAAAGCACAUUUAUAGUCCUCUAAGUUACCAUGAAGUUACACAGUUUUAAACGUCCUGAAUUUCAUAGAACACAAAAGUACUUUAGGUCAUCUUUGCCAAAGAGCUGGUGGCUUGAGAGUUUUUCGGGUUACAUCUUUGAAAACAACAAUGAUCGACUAUAACUUAAGUCAAUAACAGGAAAAGGUUUUUCCAGUCCCAUUGGUGGGCACUGCCUCUUUUCCCCUCUAAAACCAGUUAAUAGUUGUGAAAGUGAUUGUUUUCAUGAGUCGUGCCAUUGAAUUGUCAGGAUGUUCAGGAAAUCUGUGGCUGGAGCAGACUAGGCCCAACACUUUGGUGACUGUGAAGGAAAUCAUUUUUCUCAAACGUCAUACCUUCCUCUAGUCCUUUAGAGUGUCAGUGCAGUGGGACCUACAUGGCACAGAUACACGGAGUCAGAAUCCUGGAGUAGCAUGCAUCUGCAGACACAGAGGCUGCAGAUUUGGGAGCCUAACUCUGGGACAGCGAUCCUUACCCCGAACCUAACUUAACUGUCUUAACAACACAGGCUAUUGGCUCUAUGGACACAUAAUAAUCAGUCCAUUGAGAUACUCUGCAAAGCUUGCACAUCUGAAUAAGGCUCAAGUGUACCAAGCCUCCCUGCAAAAAGAACGGUUUAACACAAUCCAGUCUUUUUUCUACCAUAUUUAUUCUUUCCUUAGUUUACGUGAAGUUGUCCAUGAUGACAAUGUCCGGCCCAAGAUGCAGUGCCUGAUGAUGGAUUCGUCCUUCUCUAUGGUGACGAUGCAAGGUGAAGACAGUGGGAUCGCAUGGGAGACCACCCCUAGUCGCUGCACCACUCCGUGGGCAUCUGAGACUGGAAAUCCCUCCAUGGAACUCGGCUCUCCGGUUGCAGUACGAUCCCCAACACCUGGGUCUGUUCCAGCAGGGAAGAUAAUCUUUGUCAUGGAUGAGGAACUGAUGACGAGACGGAAGAAACCCAAAGAGAGGGGAACCCCGCAGAGGAACAGAGUCCUUGGAGAAAGUUCAGAGAACAUCACAGGAAGACCAGAGCUGGUGGAAGUCUCACAGCCAAAUGUGAAAGAAGGAGAUGAAGAGGAACCUGGUGAUCUCAAAGAAGAUAAAGAGCAACGGCUGUUUAGGUUGGUGUCAGAAGGCUCUGAAAUCCUCAAUAUUGUUGUUCCACCAAAACUGUCAACUGUGGAUGAGGAGGAGAGUAAAGAAUUGGUGGAUAAUCUUUCAUAUCUGGAGGACAGCCUUGUUCCUAAAGCCUGUGAAGACACCCAAGAGUAUGACCUGUUGGUUUUAACAAAUGGAUCGGCUGCAGUUGAAGAGGUCAGGCCCUUGCCUUCUGUUGGUCCAAGUGCCAUGGAUCCACCAGGGGCCCCAGUGGCCAGGCCUCCACCUAGAGGUGCUGCUGGAAAUGUGGACUACUUCGAGCCCUUCACCCUUAUUGAUGCCCAGGCUCCAGGAAGUCCAGCUGUGGUCACACAAGAACAGGAAGAACAAGAGGCAGAAGGUACAACUGCGAGCCAGGGGGCAGAGAGACCUGCACGACCUAGAGAGAACUCAAUCACAGCAACGACAGUGGAAAACGACAGAUUAGACACAGUCAGUCUAGAGGGAAUCACCAGUGAUCUUCUGGAUGAAGUCUUUUACGCUGGCACGGAAGACUACACUGUGAAAACUCCAGGCAGAGUAGAUGGGGGUGCAGCAGGUACGCCAGCCAGACUCCCUUCAAAACCAAGUGGUUCCAAUUUGUUUGGAAGCCAGGAGGAAAUUCUGACCCCUAUCUUCUUACCAGAAGGACCUCCCAAGAUUAUCGACCCGAUUUUGCUGGAGGAACCAAAAGCAAUGGCGUUCCUCUAUGACGACCUUUAUGAGGAGGCACUCGGCUGUCGGAUGAAAGAAGAAGAUCGAGAAAGUUUAACCUCUGAGAAGUCCUUCCACAGCAGGCAUUCAGACCGGGAAGCCAGGGGAUAUUUGGAAAAAUACGUCCUUAUAGAUGAGACUCCUGUGGCAGAGUGGGAAUCAACAGAUAAGAAAAAACACCCUGAGGAUGGUCCAAGAACAUUAUACGAUGAUUUGUAUGAUAUCACCGAUAUGCUAUCCAAGCCAGGGAAGAGUGAGAUGCCAAAUUCAGAGGAGGAAAUCACAGAUUUCUUCAGAUCCAGUGCCAAUUCUUCUCCUUGUGAUCUAGAACGUUUCCCUAGAUCACUUGAAGAAGAAGAAGAAACUCAACCAGCCACAAAGACUAAGGGCAAGUCAGCCAAAAACGUCUCUAUCAAGGUAGAGAAAGCUGCAGGAAUCCCAGCAGAUCCACUUAGCAUAUCAAGCUUUGAGCUUCCCACUGAGGAACCUGACUGGGGAGGUAUAGAUGAUCCUCCCACAGGCCCUGAUGAAAAGAAUGUUGGUUCCCAUUCAGAGCAGGAUUCACAGACAACAGAAUCAGAAGUGAAAACACCAGUCCCUCCUCCCAGAAGAAGGGCUCGAAAGACAUGUCUGAACCUAACCCCUCUUACUCCAGUUGACAUUGCACAGGAGCAAGAAGAGACUGGAGGGAAGGAGCAGAGGGAGGAAGAGAAAGAGACUGCAUCGCCAGCAGAGACUGCCGAUGAGGGUGACGGGGAGGAAACAACACCACCCUCCGAUAAUGUGUCUAUCCCAGAGGACAGGUUGGUUGAAGUGGACACUAAGAUCCCAGAAAGUGUAGAAAUUAGCGAUGAAAUAACCGUCAUAGACUCAAAACCAGCAGAGGCUGAGCACAAAGACACUGAGACAGCAGAGGAAGAGGCUACAAAACAAACUGAAACUGAAGAGGUAGAUAUAAACUCAUCAGAAUCGGCUGACACUGAGGUUCAACCCGAAAUCCAAGAAGACAAUUCAACUGUCACUCCAGAUGAACCACCUAAAGAAAAGCGAUGUUGUGAAAUAACGGUCAUAGACUCAAAACCAGCAGAGGCUGAGCACAAAGACACUGAGACAGCAGAGGAAGAAGCUACAAAACAAACUGAAACUGAAGAGGUAGACAUACACUCAUCAGAAUCGGCUGAAACUGAGGUUCAACCCGAAAUUCAAGAAGACAAUUCAACUGUCACACCAGAUGAACCACCUAUAGAAAAGGGAUAUUGUGAAAUAACUGUCAUAGACUCAAAACCAGUUGAGGCUGAGACUGAGCACAAAGACACUGAGACAGCAGAGGAAGAGGCUACAAAACAAACUGAAACUGAAGAGGUAGAUAUAAACUCAUCAGAAUCAGCUGAAACUGAAGUUCAACCCAAAAUUCAAGAAGACAAUUCAACUGACACACCAGAUGAACCACCUAAAGAAAAAGGAUAUUGUGUAAUUCUUUGAGUAUGCUGCAUGUUUACACAAAUAUAACAACUUUCCUGAUAAUGUGUCCUGAAUGAGGUUCUUGAACAGCAGAAGAUUUAGCAUACAUUAUAGUUAUUCCUCAAAACUUAAAUCUUAGAGUUGAAUCAAAGAGUUGUAUAGUUUGGUCUCAUUUUUAAACAGAAGUGCUACCGUUUUAUCUUGCUUUUCUCUUAAUGCAGGAGUUUAAGCAUCUAACAGUUUGAUCAAACAUCCAGAAGGGGAUUUUUUUUCCUUUGUUUUUUCAAGUUAAUCCAUCUUUUGCAGCUUAGACGGCUGGCAACUGUGCAUUAAUCAUAGGGUUUUGGAAGGAAGAGGUUUCUGUUACGAGUGUGAAUAAAAAAGGGUGUGAGUGCAUGUGUUGGUGUUUGUGUAACACUAGGGUGGAUCUUCAGUUAUAAAUAACCCCCCUGAAUGUUAACCUGAAACCUCGUCUCAGCUAGAAGUCUGUGCACCUUUUUGUAAACAGGAAAAAAAUACAUGUAAACAUGGGCAGAAUAUCAACAAAUUUAUCACCUGUACCUUCUUAUUCUUUGUUUAAUUCUUAAUGUUUCCUCAAAGGCCAUAAUUUUAAUAAUGAUGAAUUAAAAU